UAUUUUUUGUUUGUUUGUACUUUAUCAUAUUCAUGUAUCUUGUGUUCUCAACAGUCCCAUCCCAGAAGUGACGCGUGUACACCUUCCCAAAAUUCCAGAUCUUCUCGGAAACUUCCAUUGCUUAUGUCCUAGGCUUGAAGAUAAUUUAAAUGAAAGAAUCCUUAUUCAUUGUGUACUUGUGUUAUUCGGGCAACUAAUGAGGAAAACGUUUACGCGAAUCAAGUUGUAAACGCAAUUAGCAACUUUUGUAUUUAUUUAUCAAUGUAUAUUAAAUUAGCGGUUUGGGUUAGUCCAUUUCCCAAGGCUAUGGAGCUUUCUUCCUAAAACCUUUCCGGAGUGUAUUUAGGGCAAGAGGAAGUAACGAGUAUACAUACACCCCUGUGUUAUCAAAAUGCCCAGCAAUGAGGUGAAACAAAAGAAGAAAACUACACCGUCAGGUAAACAAAAAGAAGAAACAGAAGAGACGACGAAACUGAAAGAUGAAAAAGUGAAAAAUGGAGUGGACAUAAAGACAGUAACUUGUCUUUUAUCUUUAAUUGUGACUCUUGCACUUACUUGGUUUGUGUUGCAGCAAGCCACAAAAUUUGCAGAUGUGGAAGAAAAGUACAAUGAGUUAUACAAGAAAACUAGGGAUAUCCAGAGUCUGGAAAAUGAAAUCAACCAAGUUUCUAAAAAGUUUGAAAAUACCCAAGCGCUCAUGAUUAAAAUAAGAGACCAUCCUCUACUCGCUCAAGUAGAAAAUCUGGAAGGAGACAUUGAACAACUAAAAAAGUGGUCAUCCAACAUUACAGAGAAGCAAGCUGAGCUGCAGGAAAACCUGACGGCUCUCUCUAGGGCUGUUGGGAAGACAGAGCGAAGCACUGCCUCCAUUGCUAAAGACAUGUCUAUGAAGGUGUCUGCGGUGAAGACUGACGUCCGACGCAUAUCUGGUUUGGAGUCGGAUGUGUUGGCAUUGGCAGAUUCUACACAGGUACUGGAAGAGAAGGUGAAACAAGCAGAAAAAAUGAUGGUUCAGAAGAUUGGUGACCUGCUGGCAGGCAGCAUCAACCGAAUGACUGAGCUGAAGAGUUCCACAAGCAGGAAUGCUAAUAAGAUUGACUUUCUCAAGAAGAAAUAUGCCGAACUGAAGGCUGAAGAUGGCAAACUGACAGACCGACUUUUAAGUCUGGAGAGCGGAAGAGCUAGGCUGGUAAGGACAGUGACAUUUGCUAAUGACUUGAAACCCAAAGUGUUUUCCAUCAGAAAGGACUUUGCCCUGUUGGAGCCCCGGGUGAGUGACCUGACCUUUAGGAUCGGCAGACUGGCUUCUGAUCUCUUACGAAAGGAGCAGGAUAUUGCUUUACUGAAAGAGACCUUUUCCAAUUUAACUGUUGUUAAAACAGAGCUCCACAAUGUAAAACAACAGCUUACGGAGGUGCCAGAAGUUCGUGAUAUUCAUUCUCAGACAAGCCAACCUUCAGAAUAAGCAUUCUGUUGGAUUGUUUGGAUUGACUAGAAUCAACUCAAAAUUAAACAAAAAACACAAAUCCCCCUUUAGACUAUUCCUUUUAAAGUAUGCUUGGAACUUCAAAAUCAGUUUUAAAAUGUUUCUAAGUAAAUACGGUACUCCCAUAUGGCCUCCUAAGCACCUGAGUGUUUGAAAACACACACACACACACACAUAUAUAUAUAUUCCCUUAAAUGUGGGAAGCAAAAACAGAUUUCAUGGAGAAAUUAUGUAGUCUGCAUAGAAAAUCUUUGUUGUUUUAGUUUUACUGUUUUACAACAAUGGCCAUUAAAGUAAUGGCCUUGAUGCCCUGAAAUAAUAAUGUUGUAUGGUACAGGUAGUAAUCUGACUGAUUGUCAAAGUGCCUGCUGUUUAAUUCCUCAUAAUAAUGUCCACAGCUGGCAUACCCCCAAUGUUAAUUGUGUCAAACAGUAAAUAAAAGAUUGCUGUGUAAAUCAA